CACUCAAAUAAAGGACAUUAUCACGUAAACAGAUAUUCACUUUCUAUCAUAUAUGUAUCCUUAUGAUGUAUAUUUGUUGUUUGGUAUCAGUUGGAAUAGUUUCUGUUUUGAUUAAGGAUGCUUUUCUUUGCAUUACAAAUGGUACUCAGUGUUGUGCAGAUUUUUACAAUGACAAUGGAGAAUGCAAAGAAUGUCCUGUAGGAUACUUCGGACCUAACUGUACCCACAGAUGUCAAUAUCCUAGGUAUGGACGCCGCUGUCUGCAGGGAAAUUGUAAUUGCUCUAAAGAGGAAUGCAGCUUAGCAGUCGGCUGUGAUGCAGGCCAUGAAUACUCAAACUGGACUUACGGAAUACAAUCGUCUAGACCUAGUGCUAUCACAGUCACCAUAUACGUUGCUGGUUCGUUGGUCACUAUAGUUAUUCUGACAUUGGCAGUAUUACACUUAAGGCAAAAGUGUAAUCCCAGACAUGAAAGGCAGACUGUGACCAUAUCAACUGAUGGAGCACAUGAACACAGAGGAAUAUACGCUGAAAUAAAUUAAUAAUGCAGAAUGAGAUUUCCUUUCCAAAAGGCUAUAUAAAGCAAAUAUCUUUUCAAAAUCUAUUCUUCUGAUGAAUCGUUAAGUACUCAAACAAUGCAUGUGAAUUUAAAAUACAAGAACAUCUUGUUUGUGGAAAUAAAGGAAUAUUAACCAGUUUUAAUCAUAUUGCAGCUGAUAUUACAAAAUUCUACGUGAAAUCAAUAUUUUUUUUACAAAUAUAUAUACUUAAUUCUUUAAGUAUCCCUAGCUGUAGGAAUGAGGCAACAAAGAUUUUGUGUUGUAACAAUGCAAUCUCCAGUGUAGAAAAGUUAUAAUAGACAGGGAAUCUUAUGCUGCAUAGCACAGAAUGGGAAACAUAUAUUAACGAGUGUAUGAAAGUUUGCAAUCAAGAGCAGUGUGAAAUUACCUGGGCUAUAAGUAGUGUAUAAAAAGGACACUGUUUGCAUAAAUAUGUUCAAUUUCGAUAAAGUUAUUGACAAAAUUAGGUCUACUGUAGAUUUUCGAUAAUUAUUGUAAAUUUAUAUCACCUACAUACACCUUGAACUUAUAAAUAAUUUCUUACGAGGUAAGUUAUUGACAGACAAAUUGCUAAAACAAGAACAUCAGCAGUCUCAUUUAAGUUCAUUUCGUAAGUUUACUUGUCAAUUUAAUGACCUUGUCACCAGAUACAAUCUAUCAUUAAGUUAAAUGCUGACUGAUUUUUUUUUAAAUUCGUAUUAGGCCAUAACUUGCAUUGGAGGCUAAAUCCUG